UGGGCACUUCUCUCUGGAACAUGUUAUCCUCUCUCAAUAAGCCCAGCUCCCACCUUUAUAAUGACACAAAUCAUGCUUUUCAUAUGUGUUUGUUUGUGAUGGUUAUUGCUGUGUUAUUAACCCUGCUGAAAUGAACAAGGAAACUAUUUCUGAAUAGCGUACAUUUCUACAUUUGUCCUGUGAUAUUUUGUUACAGUAUGUUGACAUUGAUUGACAUGCAUGUAUAGUUAAUGUGUAUAGAUAGAAGGAUUGGUUUAGAUUAGAACCUGGGGCAUACUGGAAUAUUGAUUUCAGACCCUGUGAUUGGUGAAGGGUGUGUGCUAGCUAGCUAUAUAGUAGCUACUGCAGCUGAAUAGUCACUAAGCUAGCUGUGUGCUAGCUAGCUAUAUAGUAGCUACUGCAGCUGAAUAGUCACUAAGCUAGCUGCUAGCUGUGUGCUAGCUAGCUAUAUAGUAGCUAUUGCAGCUGAAGAGUCACUGAGCUAGCUGUGUGCUAGCUAGUUAUAUAGUAGCUACUGCAGCUGAAGAGUCACUAAGCUAGCUGCUAGCUGUGUGCUAGCUAGCUAUAUAGUAGCUACUGCAGCUGAAGAGUCACUAAGCUAGCUGCUAGGUGUGUGCUAGCUAGCUAUAUAGUAGCUACUGCAGCUGAAUAGUCACUAAGCUAGCUGCUAGCUGUGUGCUAGCUAGUUAUAUAGUAGUUACUGUAGCUGAAGAGUCACUAUAAGCUAACUGCUAGCAGUUUGCUAGCUAGUUAUAUAGUAGUUACUGUAGCUGAAGAGUCACUAUAAGCUAACUGCUAGCUGUUUGCUAGCUAGUUAUAUAGUAGCUAAUGCAGCUGAAGAGUCACUGAGCUAGCUGCUAGCAGUGUGCUAGCUAGUUAUAUAGUAGUUACUGUAGCUGAAGAGUCACUAUAAGCUAACUGCUAGCUGUUUGCUAGCUAGUUAUAUAGUAGCUACUGCAGCUGAAGAGUCACUGAGCUAGCUGCUAGCAGUGUGCUAGCUAGUUAUAUAGUAGUUACUGUAGCUGAAGAGUCACUAUAAGCUAGCUGCUAGCUGUGUGCUAGCUAGCUAUAUAGUAGUUACUGUAGCUGAAGAGUCACUAUAAGCUAACUGCUAGCUGUUUGCUAGCUAGUUAUAUAGUAGUUACUGUAGCUGAAGAGUCACUAAGCUAGCUGCUAGCUGUGUGCUAGCUAGUUAUAUAGUAGUUACUGUAGCUGAAGAGUCACUAUAAGCUAACUGCUAGCUGUUUGCUAGCUAGUUAUAUAGUAGUUACUGUAGCUGAAGAGUCACUAAGCUAGCUGCUAGCUGUGUGCUAGCUAGUUAUAUAGUAGUUACUGUAGCUGAAGAGUCACUAUAAGCUAACUGCUAGCUGUUUGCUAGCUAGUUAUAUAGUAGUUACUGUAGCUGAAGAGUCACUGAGCUAGCUGCUAGCAGUGUGCUAGCUAGUUAUAUAGUAGUUACUGUAGCUGAAGAGUCACUAUAAGCUAGCUGCUAGCUGUGUGCUAGCUAGCUAUAUAGUAGUUACUGUAGCUGAAGAGUCACUAUAAGCUAACUGCUAGCUGUUUGCUAGCUAGUUAUAUAGUAGUUACUGUAGCUGAAGAGUCACUAUAAGCUAGCUGCUAGCAGUGUGCUAGCUAGUUAUAUAGUAGUUACUGUAGCUGAAGAGUCACUAAGCUAGCUGCUAGCAGUGUGCUAGCUAGUUAUAUAGUAGUUACUGUAGCUGAAGAGUCACUAUAAGCUAACUGCUAGCAGUGUGCUAGCUAGUUAUAUAGUAGUUACUGUAGCUGAAGAGUCACUAAGCUAGCUGCUAGCAGUGUGCUAGCUAGUUAUAUAGUAGUUACUGUAGCUGAAGAGUCACUAUAAGCUAACUGCUAGCAGUGUGCUAGCUAGUUAUAUAGUAGUUACUGUAGCUGAAGAGUCACUAAGCUAGCUGCUAGCAGUGUGCUAGCUAGUUAUAUAGUAGUUACUGUAGCUGAAGAGUCACUAUAAGCUAACUGCUAGCAGUGUGCUAGCUAGUUAUAUAGUAGUUACUGUAGCUGAAGAGUCACUAAGCUAACUGCUAGCAGUGUGCUAGCUAGUUAUAUAGUAGUUACUGUAGCUGAAGAGUCACUAAGCUAGCUGCUAGCUGUGUGCUAGCUAGUUAUAUAGUAGUUACUGUAGCUGAAGAGUCACUAAGCUAGCUGCUAGCUGUGUGCUAGCUAGUUAUAUAGUAGUUACUGUAGCUGAAGAGUCACUAUAAGCUAACUGCUAGCUGUUUGCUAGCUAGUUAUAUAGUAGUUACUGUAGCUGAAGAGUCACUAAGCUAGCUGCUAGCUGUGUGCUAGCUAGUUAUAUAGUAGUUACUGUAGCUGAAGAGUCACUAUAAGCUAACUGCUAGCUGUUUGCUAGCUAGUUAUAUAGUAGUUACUGUAGCUGAAGAGUCACUAAGCUAGCUGCUAGCUGUGUGCUAGCUAGUUAUAUAGUAGUUACUGUAGCUGAAGAGUCACUAUAAGCUAACUGCUAGCUGUUUGCUAGCUAGUUAUAUAGUAGUUACUGUAGCUGAAGAGUCACUAAGCUAGCUGCUAGCUGUGUGCUAGCUAGUUAUAUAGUAGUUACUGUAGCUGAAGAGUCACUAUAAGCUAACUGCUAGCUGUUUGCUAGCUAGUUAUAUAGUAGUUACUGUAGCUGAAGAGUCACUAUAAGCUAACUGCUAGCUGUGUGCUAGCUAGUUAUAUAGUAGUUACUGUAGCUGAAGAGUCACUAUAAGCUAACUGCUAGCUGUUUGCUAGCUAGUUAUAUAGUAGUUACUGUAGCUGAAGAGUCACUAAGCUAGCUGCUAGCUGUGUGCUAGCUAGUUAUAUAGUAGUUACUGUAGCUGAAGAGUCACUAUAAGCUAACUGCUAGCAGUGUGCUAGCUAGUUAUAUAGUAGUUACUGUAGCUGAAGAGUCACUAUAAGCUAACUGCUAGCUGUUUGCUAGCUAGUUAUAUAGUAGUUACUGUAGCUGAAGAGUCACUAAGCUAGCUGCUAGCUGUGUGCUAGCUAGUUAUAUAGUAGUUACUGUAGCUGAAGAGUCACUAUAAGCUAACUGCUAGCUGUUUGCUAGCUAGUUAUAUAGUAGUUACUGUAGCUGAAGAGUCACUAUAAGCUAACUGCUAGCAGUGUGCUAGCUAGUUAUAUAGUAGUUACUGUAGCUGAAGAGUCACUAUAAGCUAACUGCUAGCAGUGUGCUAGCUAGUUAUAUAGUAGUUACUGUAGCUGAAGAGUCACUAAGCUAGCUGCUAGCUGUGUGCUAGCUAGUUAUAUAGUAGUUACUGUAGCUGAAGAGUCACUAUAAGCUAACUGCUAGCAGUGUGCUAGCUAGUUAUAUAGUAGUUACUGUAGCUGAAGAGUCACUAUAAGCUAACUGCUAGCUGUGUGCUAGCUAGUUAUAUAGUAGUUACUGUAGCUGAAGAGUCACUAUAAGCUAACUGCUAGCAGUGUGCUAGCUAGUUAUAUAGUAGUUACUGUAGCUGAAGAGUCACUUAGCUAGCUGCUAGCAGUGUGCUAGCUAGUUAUAUAGUAGUUACUGUAGCUGAAGAGUCACUAUAAGCUAACUGCUAGCUGUGUGCUAGCUAGUUAUAUAGUAGUUACUGUAGCUGAAGAGUCACUAAGCUAGCUGCUAGCAGUGUGCUAGCUAGUUAUAUAGUAGUUACUGUAGCUGAAGAGUCACUAUAAGCUAACUGCUAGCAGUGUGCUAGCUAGUUAUAUAGUAGUUACUGUAGCUGAAGAGUCACUAUAAGCUAACUGCUAGCAGUGUGCUAGCUAGUUAUAUAGUAGUUACUGUAGCUGAAGAGUCACUAUAAGCUAACUGCUAGCAGUGUGCUAGCUGGUUAUAUAGUAGUUACUGUAGCUGAAGAGUCACUAUAAGCUAACUGCUAGCAGUGUGCUAGCUAGUUAUAUAGUAGUUACUGUAGCUGAAGAGUCACUAUAAGCUAACUGCUAGCAGUGUGCUAGCUAGUUAUAUAGUAGUUACUGUAGCUGAAGAGUCACUAUAAGCUAGCUGCUAGCAGUGUGCUAGCUAGUUAUAUAGUAGUUACUGUAGCUGAAGAGUCACUAUAAGCUAGCUGCUAGCAGUGUGCUAGCUAGUUAUAUAGUAGUUACUGUAGCUGAAGAGUCACUAUAAGCUAACUGCUAGCUGUGUGCUAGCUAGUUAUAUAGUAGUUACUGUAGCUGAAGAGUCACUAUAAGCUAACUGCUAGCAGUGUGCUAGCUAGUUAUAUAGUAGUUACUGUAGCUGAAGAGUCACUAUAAGCUAACUGCUAGCAGUGUGCUAGCUAGUUAUAUAGUAGUUACUGUAGCUGAAGAGUCACUAUAAGCUAACUGCUAGCUGUGUGCUAGCUAGUUAUAUAGUAGUUACUGUAGCUGAAGAGUCACUAUAAGCUAACUGCUAGCAGUGUGCUAGCUAGUUAUAUAGUAGUUACUGUAGCUGAAGAGUCACUAUAAGCUAACUGCUAGCAGUGUGCUAGCUAGUUAUAUAGUAGUUACUGUAGCUGAAGAGUCACUAUAAGCUAACUGCUAGCUGUGUGCUUUAUUAACUGCUUUGGUGUUCCUUGAUACGUUCUUCUUUUUCUUUGCUUCUGCACGCUGAUAUGUUGGUUUCUAACCCCUCCCUUCUGCACGCUGAUAUGUUGGUUUCUAACCCCUCCCUUCUGCACGCUGAUAUGUUGGUUUCUAACCCCUCCCUUCUGCACGCUGAUAUGUUGGUUUCUAACCCCUCCCUUCUGCACGCUGAUAUGUUGGUUUCUAACCCCUCCCUUCUGCACGCUGAUAUGUUGGUUUCUAACCCCUCCCUUCUGCACGCUGAUAUGUUGGUUUCUAACCCCUCCCUUCUGCACGCUGAUAUGUUGGUUUCUAACCCCUCCCUUCUGCACGCUGAUAUGUUGGUUUCUAACCCCUCCCUUCUGCACGCUGAUAUGUUGGUUUCUAACCCCUCCCUUCUGCACGCUGAUAUGUUGGUUUCUAACCCCUCCCUUCUGCACGCUGAUAUGUUGGUUUCUAACCCCUCCCUUCUGCACGCUGAUAUGUUGGUUUCUAACCCCUCCCUUCUGCACGCUGAUAUGUUGGUUUCUAACCCCUCCCUUCUGCACGCUGAUAUGUUGGUUUCUAACCCCUCCCUUCUGCACGCUGAUAUGUUGGUUUCUAACCCCUCCCUUCUGCACGCUGAUAUGUUGGUUUCUAACCCCUCCCUUCUGCACGCUGAUAUGUUGGUUUCUAACCCCUCCCUUCUGCACGCUGAUAUGUUGGUUUCUAACCCCUCCCUUCUGCACGCUGAUAUGUUGGUUUCUAACCCCUCCCUUCUGCACGCUGAUAUGUUGGUUUCUAACCCCUCCCUUCUGCACGCUGAUAUGUUGGUUUCUAACCCCUCCCUCCCCCAGCAACACACUAUUCAUGUGGUGGAGAAGUAUGGUCUGGGUACCAGACUACAGAGACAGAGACCUGGAGCUCCUAUCACCAGUCUGGCUGGUCUUUCUCUGAAGGAAGGUGAAGACCAAAAGGAGAUUAACAUAGAGCCAGCCCAGGCCUUAGACGAGGUGGAACCACUGCCUGAAGACUACUACACCAGACCAAUCAACCUACCCGAGGUGACAUCCUUGCGUCAGCGGCUGCUCCAGCCUGACUUCCAGCCAGCCGGAGCCUCUCAGCUCCACCCCAAACACAAACACCUGUUGAUCAAGCGCUCUCUGCGAUGCAGGAAAUGUGAGCACAAUCUGAGCAAGCCAGAAUUCAACCCAACUUCAAUCAAGUUCAAAAUCCAGUUGGUGGCUGUGAGUUACAUCCCUGAGGUCAGAAUAAUGUCCAUUCCAAACCUGCGCUUCCAGAAGGAGUGCCAGGUGCUGCUCACCCUGACCAACCCCGUGGAGAGUAUUACCCAUGUCACCCUGGUGGGCUGUGAGGAAGGAGACCCAGAGGACAUCAACAGCACUGCGAAGGUGAUGGUUCCUACCAAGGAGUUGGUCCUGGCAGGGAAGGAUGUUGCAGCAGAUUACGACGAGUUGGCUGAGCCACAGGACUUCCAGGACGACCCAGACGUGAUUGCCUUCAGGAAAUCCAAUAAGAUCGGUUUCUUCAUCAAGGUGGUCCCUCAGCGCGAGGAGGACGGCGAUGUCACGGUGUCCUUUAAGAUUCGCCACGACUUCCGGAAUUUGGCGGCUCCCAUAAGGCCGAGCGAGGAGGACGAUGCCCCAACCGAGGCAAUAUGGCUCACACACCACGUAGAGCUCAGCCUGGGGCCGCUCGUAGCGUGAAGUUACACACACACACACACACACACACGUUAACAGAAACACAGAAUACAUAUAUACACUGAGUGUACAAAACAUUAAGAACACCUGCGCUUUCCAUGAC